GGGUUUGACAGAGCGCAGGGCCCGCGCACGGUGCCAUGCGCGCUCCCGUUUCUGCUGCGCACAGACGGCCGGUGCGGAGAGACAGAGAGGGAGGAGAGAGGGCUGCUAUUACUAGUGACAGAAAACGGCAGCGAGCACAUACAGUCUGGAGAGCAGCUGAUGCGACAAGAUGCUGAGCGUCGCCUUGCUGUGUGCGUGCGCCGUCGCCUUUGGACACGUCUCCGCUCGCUCCGACAGCGGCAAUUUUUUGGAUGAUAAGUGGCUCACCGGGAGAUGGGAUAAAUUCAGAGACGAAGUGGAGGAGCCUGGAACAUGGACUCCAUCCAAGCCCUUCGAUCAAGGUCUCGAUCCAGCCAAAGACCCCUGUCUGAAGAUCAAAUGCAGCCGCCACAAAGUGUGCGUGGCGGAGGAUUAUAAGACUCCAACUUGUGUCAGCCAGAGGAGAGUCAGUUUUAAAGAUGCCAAUCUGUACCAGAGCCCAGGGUCGAAGUGUAAACCCUGCCCUGUGGUUCACCCCUCGCCUGUUUGCGGAACUGAUGGCCACACCUACUCCACCAAGUGUAAGUUAGACUACCAGGCAUGCAUCACAGGAAAGAAGAUUGCCGUGAAGUGUUCUGGCAUGUGUCCUUGCCCUGCUGAGUCCGAACAGAGUUCUGCAGAAAAGAAAGUGUGCAGCGAGUCGGAUCUGAAGGAGGUGGUGAGUCGUCUGAGAGACUGGUUCAGAGUGCUGCACGAGAACGGCAACCACAAGAGGGUGAAGGUCCAGAAGCCAGAGAAGAACAAGUUUGACGUCGGGGCGUCACCUAUUUGCAAGGACCCUCUGGGCUGGAUGUUCUCCCGGCUGGACACAAACUUUGACCUGCAGCUGGACCAGUCUGAGAUCAAGAGCCUCUACCUGGACAGGAAUGAGCCGUGCUCCGACGCGUUCUUCAAAUCCUGCGACACACACCCCGACAAAGUCAUCACCAGCUCCGAGUGGUGCACAGGCUUCCAGAGGUACACAGAUUCUCCUUGUAAAGCAGAGCUGUCCAGCAUCAACAAAAAACAAGCCGGGAAGAAGUUACUCGGUCAGUAUCUGCCGUCCUGUGAUGAGGAUGGUUACUACAGGUCCCACCAGUGUCACAGCAGCAGCGGACAGUGUUGGUGUGUGGAUCGCUAUGGCAACGAGGUGGCAGGCUCACGCACCCACGGCCCUGCAGACUGCGGUGUGAUUUUGGAGUCUUCUGGAGACCUCGGCAGUGGAGACUCACUGUUCACCGACGACGACGAAGACUCGUUUGUCCUCAACGACCAAGCAGGUAUGGACGACGAGGACGACGAAGACGAGGACGACGGCGACGACAACGACGAGUACCUGUCGUAACUUUAGAAAAAAAAGAAAAAGAAAAGAAAAAAAGAAAUCAGUAAUAAUUUGAAAAGAAAAAAGUGAAAACUGUUUGUUUGGUCAAACUGCACGUUUCUAGGCGACUCCCCAGGCAGAUACUUAAUCGUACUAACAGCCUAUGGACUACUCUCCGUGUAUUGUUUGUUCAUAAGUUUAAAGAAACAAAAAGAAGAAAAAAAAACAAUAUUCUUGAAAAACGUUUUAUGAUUUCUCUUCCUGUUUAAGUAUAAAAUAUGAGUGGUUAAUGGCACUUGUUCACUUGUGUGUCAGCCAACCUGAGAAUAUAACAGGGACUCAUUGACAGCCAGUCCAUUGCUUUGGACUGGUCACGUGUGCAAAGACCUUCCCCUUCAUCGGACAGUCUAUGUCCUCCAGUGUGUCCUGGUGUCCUUGUGCAACACUCCGAUGCCUGAGUGUGUUUAUGCCUAAGGCGCAACGUUAAAGAGAUUUAGAGACUUCCCCCCCACUCCAUUCCUUCAUCUUCUUCCUCUCCUCCCCCGACCUCUCGAGUCCUUUAUCAAAUGUUCCUGUGUAUAGGUGGGAUGUUGAUGAUGUAGAUAAGAGAAUAUUGCACUCUUUAGGUUUCUUCUGAUCUUGAUUUGUAACUGUGACUGUAACUGUGUGGAAAAACAAGAUAAGAGUUAGACAUGCUUCAUUAAGAAAAUUAAGGCAAAAAAAAAAACAAAAAAACAAACACACACGAAAAGAAAGUAAGUCGGAUAACAAUCGGAACCGACAUGCUAGCUGUUUUCACCGAGGCACAAAUCGAGUCAAAUCAUCUCAAAGGCUCCGCGACGAGGAGAGACAAAUUACUUUUUUGUCCGGUGGUGUUUCCGGCAGGGGAAAUAUUAUGGUUAUCUAUUUUUCUAAUCCAUUGUAGGGUGAACACAGAAGAUGAAACCUAUUUGUCUUAGCAUGUCCAAUUCUGCGUGAUGUUGUUUCAGUCCGUAGGACCGGAGGCUAAACCCCUGCGUGAAACUCACAAUGUAGAAGGAGAAGCAUGUACAGAUGAAGCUACACUUGAUGUAAACGGAUUGAGCCACAAAUACAUCUCAAAAGGAAAAAAAAAAGUUUACUAACCUUUGAUAGGCCAGUGAGCUCAAAGAAAACCUCAUGUGCUGGUUUUUAAACUGAUUUGAGCACACGGCGUGACAAAACAAAUCUCUUGCACAGUAAUAAAACCGUAGAGCCAUGCAGACCUGUUGGGAAUAUGUGGGCAGGGGUUAAAGGAUAAGGCGUGCCUUUUACUGGGAAGGACGGGUGGUGGGAGAAGCAUGCUUACUGGACCGACAUCAACUUGUCAUUACACCUCAUAAGAGCGGCUUUACACCUGCAGUGGAUUUCUGUGAGGCACGUGUCCCGAGUCUCUCUUAUGACGUGUUUCUUCUAGGCCAUACUUCAGAUCUCUUGAUUUGUACAUAGGAUAGCUAGAAUGUAGAGAAGCACAGAGAUGCUUAGCAGUUAAGGCAUACCAACACUUAGAUUCCGCUGGAUUUGAAAAUGUUUUAUAUAUUAUACACUGGCUAGAGGAAGCUUUGGUUUAGACAGCUUUAUAUGAAAAAAAAAACAAAAAAACGGAUGAUCAUCUUACAGUGUUCGCUUUUACUUUGUUUUCGAAAGCUUGAUUUGUACCCGCUCUAAGUAGUGUAUAUCUGUCAGGGUGUAAAAUGUGUUCUGAUCCCAGAUGUGUGUACCGUCGAUGAGUCACAUGACUGUUUAUGCUGACCUGGGAUCAGCUGCGCUCCUGCGUUCAUUUACGAUUAAAGCCGUCGGGCUUCAUUUUGAAUCUGUUGAAAUUCCAUGUUAAGACCUGAAAAGUGCCAUUUAACUGCCCUGUAUUUGUUUCGUUUCACUGUCUGUCCUUUCUCUCUUUUUUUCUUUUUUUUUUCCCGCUUCCCUCUUCCUUUCUAACAUGGAAUUUCAAUACACUUUACGAACUGGAAAACGCUUCAGUCUUAAAGUGUGCGGUUCCACGAGUGCGAUGACAUGCAAAUCAUUUUGACGACCUCAGACACUGUAGCCACUCUUAACCAAUCGCGCACUGUCAUCACUGCUCUGAUAGUGUUCAAAGGUCAUGAUACAGAUGCAUUUUUUACGGUGUAUGUAUGAUUUGCUGAAAUAAAGGCUAUAUUGACCAA